AUGGGUAAAAUAAAAUCAUCUACAAGUGGUAAAUCAUCGUUACGUUCGUCUGCUAGAAAUCCUCAUAAUAAUAAACAAAAUACUGAAGAAGAAAAUAUUAAUCAAGAAAAACAAUCUUUAUUUUCGAAAUUAACAUUAAAAUUAGCUGAACAACCAACAGAGUCUUCGACAAUAGAAUUACAUCAAGUGGAUAAUGAAUAUUUUGCUACAUUUCGCACAUUAGAUGAGAUUAAAUUAUUUAAUGAAAAAUUAGAGAAGUUUAAAUUACAACAACAACCAAGUACAACAAAUGGAGAUGAUUCAGAAUAUGAAAUUAGUCCAGAUGAAGAAGAGGAAGAAGCAUGCAUGGACAUGAAAAUAUUUGCUCAACAGUAUUUACUCGAUUUACCUCGUGAAAUAAAUGAUCGAAUAAUGAAAGGAAUUGCAUUGGAACAAGAGAAAGAAGAUGAUUUGAAUUUAGAUGACAGUAGUAAUUUAAGUUUACUAGAACCGUCUUCACAACGACCAAUUCAAACAAAUACUCUUUCAUUUGAAAUAUUUGGUGAUCAAGCCAUCAAUUGGUUACCCAAAGUUAAAAUCAAUCAUUGUUUAUCAAAUGGUAGUAAACGAAAAAGUGACAAACGAAAAACAACGUCAAAAUCAUCAAUGAACUCUUCUCCAUCAAAAUCUCCAUCAUCUUUCAAUCAACCAGAACGAUCGAAACGUAAAAAGAAGAAUCUAUUUGAAAAUCAAGUUACAACACAAAGUGGUUUCCUGUUUAUGUCAGAUAAAGAUGAUCAAAGUGAAGAUGAUCCGGAUGAUGACUAUGUUGAUGAAAUGACCACGAAAUCAUCGUCUCCAAAAUUAUUCAAAUUAAAAACCGUUUUAACAGAACGUAUACCAAAUAUUCUAAAAACAUUUGAUUGGAAAAAAUAUAAUCAACGACAAACUCAAUUUGAACCUCCAUAUCAAUUGUCUUCACGAUCUUCUUUCUUAUCACCGCCUCCAUCUCAGUCUCAAUUGUCACAUGAACAAAUGAUGACUACUACACCACUUUUAAUUCAACCAAAACUUGAACCAACAAUUCCAUCUGAAGAGACUCUAAAAAUUACAGCAGUUUUAUCACCUAAAAAUGAACCAAUUGAUCAAAAAGAUUUUACAAGUAUAAAUAUGUUUAUGUUUAAUGCAAACGAUUUAUCCGUACAAGCUGCUGCUUUAGAUUUUGGUACACCUAUUACUCCUCGUCUUGAUGAUUAUGUUAAGAAUAUUGAUUUACACACUGGACGAGUGCCAUUUCCAUCAAUUCAUAAUGUUUCAUCAUCACCAUCAUCUCAAAAAGACAUGGACACUCAUUCAUCGACUUCCUUAGUUGGUUCAUCAACAAAACCUAAACGGCAACGUAAACGAUGUAAAUCGAAAAAAAUCAUUGAUGAGGACGAAGAAAUAUUAUCAACACUGGAAUCACAGCAAUUGACAUCACCGAAAAAGAAACGACAACGAAAAAUAGUUGCAGAUGCAAACGAAGAAAUUCAAUCAAAAAGAAUUCGUCAAUCUCGCAAGAGAAAAAUCGGUCAACGACAUGAAUCAAUCGUAUCGGUCGAACCAUCGGGCAUUGCUCAAGCUCCAUCUCAAUCAGUUACUUCAUAUUCAUUUGCCGAAUUAGAAGCUCAAUUUGGUGAGCGUAUUCAAGGUCAAGAUAUUGUAAUUAAAUGUGAUAUGGAUGCUAUGCUUAGUCAACCUCAACAGUCUCAAACACUUCCAUCAGUUCGUAGUGGUUUUAGUAUUGAUAAUUUGCAGCCAGGUAUAUUAUCAAAUUUAACAUAUGAACAUCAACAAUCACAGUUAGAAGGAGGAUUCAUUAUACAAGAUGGAAAUAACAAUGAUGAUGAUGAUGUAAUCAUGGAAAUAUCUCCUGUCGAAGAACCAGUAACACCAUUACAAAAAUCACGAGCAAAAUUAACAUCAGCACUUGGACGUGGUAAAGGUCCUGAUAUGUAUGUUCUACGUUUUCGAGCUCGUGACGGUAAAUUAGUCGAAAUUCAAUUGGAUAUAUAUUCAACAGCUGACUGGUAUCAUGAUAGAAAUAAAAUAUUGAACAAAAUUGAAGAUACAUUAAAAUCGUUACGUGUCAAUUGGCAACGUAUAAAUAUUGGUAUUGAUCAUUAUGAUGUUGAAAUUUGUACACCAAAAAUUCUUAAUCCAACCAUAUCUUCGUCUCAACAAUGGUCUAUACGAUGUUUUGCUGAUGGACAACCAUUAAUUAUUCAUAUUCACGAUAGAAGAUUUCCUCAUUUACAAAUGAAAUACAAAUGUCCAUCUAUAUCCGUAACACCAACUAUUUUACCUGUGCCAUCAGUCUCACCUGUUGUAUCAACAGAUUCAGGUUCAGUGAAAAAACAGAGAGUAUCUCGAUUACAAAAACGUUCAAUUGCUGUACCAAAUAUUUUAAAAGUUGUACAACAAAAUUCAAAAUUUCCAAAAACAAAAGAUCCCAAUUUACCAAGUCAAGAACUUUGGAGAUGGUUUACAAAUCCAAUUAUUGACGAACAUUUUAUUCAACAAUUAUACCAUCGUUGCGGUUAUCACUGUGUACGAGGUGCUGGAACAGCAUUGUAUGAUUUAACAAUGCUAAUUUCACUCUAUCAUGUUUUACCUGAUUUACAUCAGUUAAAUGUAAAAGAUCAAUAUGAUACAAAAACGAGACGACACUUAAUUCAAUUAAAAUUAAAACAAACAUUAGAACCAUUUAAACAACAUCCACAAUGUAAAUUAGUUUUUGAACAACAACCACUCGUUCAAGUAUCACCAACACAGACAUUAGUUCCGAGACGUCAGACUCAACCGAUAAAUUUAACUCCAAAUAUUCAACAACAUAUCGUUCGAUUGUUAUCACAACAACAGCCAAACACUCAACAAAAUUCUAAAGCUACUCAACCUCUAAUAUUAUCUACAGCCAAUGUUGUUCAAGCAGCUCAUAUAUCCACCAUUUUACCUAAGCCAGCAUUUACCUUACAGCAACAACAACAACAACAGAAUGGAGGUCCUUUUCUACCAGAUAUUUUGGAAUUUUAUCAAAAAAUUCGAGAAAAUCAAACAAAUAUUCGAAAUCCAAAAUCGGUGAUGGACACAUUAUCAGCAUUCGAAAAACAAUAUCAACAGAAAAGUAACCAACAAAACAAAUUAUUGUAUCGCCCACUAAUACAAUAUCCGUUAGGAAAUGCAACUUUACCUUCUACACGUCCACAAUUUAGUGUUAUUAACAAAUCUUCAAUAAUUCGACCAUUAAACAUCAACUCUAGUUCAACAGCUAGCCUCUGUUCAGCUACAGGACAAACAACACUCCUUUUAAAUCAAAAAGUAGAACCAACUAUACCAUUUAAAAACUCACCACCUUCUUCUUCGUAUACUAUCAAUAAACGAUCAACUAUAGGAAAACGAGCUUAUAGCGCCAAAAGAGGUUCAUUUAUGCAAUCAUUUGGAGGACGAGGUAGAAAUAGUUAUCAGUCUCGUAAUCAACAACAUCCUCAUUUGAAAGGUCCACCAGUUCUUUCUCAGCCAACUUUUACUCCUGUAAUCACACUUAAACCAAUCAUCAAUUCAUCUGGAAAUGGCUCGUUUAACAGUGACGACGAUGAAACAAUUCUAAAUCAUCAUAAUAUUCAAACAAAUAUUACAACGAUAACAUCAACGAAUAAACGAACAGAUAUUAGAACAGAAUCAAAUCAAAGAACAGCACUCGCUUUGUCCGCAAAUGAUUUAUCUCGUCAUCAUUUACGUUUACCUUCACCACCAGUGUCGUCGUCAUCUAUAUCUCCCACCACGGGUCUUACAAACACCGGUCAGACAUCAAAUCGUGUUAUUAGAGUUGUAAAAGGACAAUCUAUGUUACGUUUUCCAUCACAAACAACAACAACGACAGAUUUGACUAAUUCACUUAAACAUAAUAAUCCAAGUGCAACCACCAUUCGUUUAAUUCCACCUCAACCACCAAAAAUAGAACCGUCAUCUUCAUCAAAAUCUACUCCGUCUGUUCUCCUCAUACCAGUGACAGCAGCAACAGUUAAAAAUGAAAUAGCACAAGCUUUACCCACACCAAAACAACAAAUGAGACCGUUAUCACCACAAACUCAAAAUGAACCAGUAAUAACUGCCGUUAUUCUCGCUUCUAACAAGACGUCUGUUUCAAAAACAGGUAUAUCAAUAUCACAACAACCAUUAAGUAAUGUUCAAACUCAGUCAAUUCCAAAACAAUUGAAUGUUAUUAAAUCGUUAUCAUCAUCUCUAGCUGUUAACCAAAAAGCAGUUAAAUUAUCAAAUCCAGUGCUUAUUUUAGCUGGUCAAGGUAAUGAUCAUAUUAAAAAACCGAUUACAAUUCUCCGUGAACCAUCCAUUAUAUCAAAGGAAACCCUUCCUCCGAUUUCUAUUUCUUUAACUCCACAUACUUCACCGUCUGCAGUAACGGAAAAUUCUUCGUCAUGUUCACCUAUUUCUUUGUAA